AUGAGCAACCUUUAUGUUGUUGCACGCAUCCGUCCCUUAACUCCAGAAGAGUCCAAUGAAAACACAAGGCAGUAUAUAACGAUUAGGAAAAAUGAGUUGAUUUUGUUCAGUGGCAAACAUAUCAGUAGUGGAACAGUUGCUGAUCAUAGAGUUCAAACUAGAAUAUUCACCUUAGACCAUAUAUUUGGCUCAUGUGAAUCUAACAGCUCUGAACUUGAUUCACAGUCUUCGUUAUAUAAUCACAUUGGAAAAGACGCAGUUGAGUCCGUGAAACAUGGAUACAACAGUAGUGUGUUUGCUUACGGGAUGACAGGAACAGGGAAAACGCAUACAAUCUUUGGAUCCGAAAAGGAUCCAGGUUUAAUUCCACGAGUGUGUGAUGCCUUGUUAGAACAUGUGAAAUUGAAUCAAAGUAUACAUAUGAAAUAUGACUUGAAAAUAAGCUUCGUGGAAAUAUACAAUGAAAAAAUUCAUGAUCUCCUGACUGAUUCAAAUAAUCAUGAAUCUUUAAGAAUACGUGAGCAUCCAGAAGAUGGACCAUAUGUUGAAGGUUUAACAAAAUUAUCUUUGUGUGAUACAAAAACAUUACAAACAGCUAUUAAUAAAAGCAUUAAAAAUAGGACUAUAGCUGCCAAUCACGUUCACGAGAAAAGUAGUCGGAGUCACGUGAUAUGUACAAUUUAUUAUCAAGAGAUCCGAUCUGGCAUUGAUUUUCCUAGAACAAUAAACAGUAAACUCUGCCUUAUUGAUUUGGCUGGAAGUGAACGAGUAAAAACUCUAAAUGAUAGGAAACGUUUCACCGAAGGCAGAAAAAUCAAUUUAUCUCUAUCAUCCUUGAGCACAGUUAUCGGGAAAUUAGCUGAAAAAUCUUUAACCGAUAACAAUGAUUUAGAACUGACAUUAAACAGUAGUAAUUCAACGCUGAAUAGUGCAAGAAGUUCUAGUACAAGACGAAGCAAUUGUUAUAGUGCAUUUCAUAUUCCUUAUAGAAAUUCUAAGUUAACUUGGCUUUUAAGAGAUUCACUAGGUGGAAAUGCACGCACUACAAUGAUAGCAACUAUAUCCCCAUCUUACAGACAAUAUCAUGAGACUGUAAAUACACUACGCUAUGCACAACAAGCAAAAAUGAUUACAAAUUCACCCAAAGUGAAUGAGGAUGAAAGUACUAUUUACAUAAGACAACUAUUAAGUGAAAUUACUGCAUUGAAACAAAGAUUACAAGAGAAAGAAACGUACUCUACAAUUCAUAGGUUUCUGAAUUACUAUCCGAGAUCAAUUAAACGUCGACCACUGCUUCGAAAAUCCAGUUCAGAAAGCUCUGUAAACCAGUACCCAUUUGCUGAGAAUUUUGACACAUCUCAGUAUUCCAAAGAAGAAAUUCGACAUUGCGAGUCUGAAAGAUAUCCAAAACAUACUCCUGAUAUACUUACUACAUCCUACAGUGAAUACAAACAAAUAUGUGAUCUUCAAAUUUCUCAAAACGAUGUCAAGCAGCAACAACCGAUUACAUUGGAUCAAACAACACAGACUAAUUAUUCAGAAAAGUAUGGUAAACUCUGUGUAGAGUAUUUACAAAGAAGUAGAAUUAUUGACUCGUCAUAUUAUCAACUGAACAGUAAACUUCCAUUCAAUGACAAAUCAGAACACGGUGACAUAUGUGUAACAACGCAUUCGAGCAUGAGAGUAAAUCAGUCAAAUAAUUUAACAAACAGCCUUUUAAACAUUCAUUUAUCUGAAUCUAAUCAACCUGAAAGCAAAUUAUUCUCGAAUACAAAGUUAACUAAUCAAGAGUCACAAACUGAUGAUGGUGAAAACAAUGACAAUUCCAAUGAGAAAGAUGAAACAACUGAAAAACUGAUUCUAGCCAAACCGUUAGCUAUGGCUGACGACAGUUACAUUAACGACGACAAUGAUGAAAGCGAUGAUCAAAUGAAAAAAGUUGAAAAGCAUGCUUCAGCUCGUGACACCCAUGAAGCAUCGAAAGAACUCAACAAAAUUCGACAUAAUAGUAUUACUACUACUACUACCGAUAUUUCUGGCGUUAAAAUGUCUCUUUCCGAAAGCAUUUUAACAUCAACGCCUAAAAAAAGUACUCCGUCAAAGAAACUACGAAUGAAAAAGUUAGACUUUAGGAGAACACACAGAGGAUUGCCCGUUCUCACAGAUACGAUGUGUAAAAAGUCAAAAUCUCAUAGAAAGCUCAGUCCCGUGAAGAAAGUGGGAAAGCGUAGAGUAUACUUCGCAGAUGGGAUGUCAGUCAUCAUAAAUAACAUGAGUUCAACAGGAAAGCAAUUAAUUAAUGACUGCCAGUUCAAUGAUGAAAAACUACAACCAAAUCAAAAACAGGUUGAAAUUGGUUCACCUGUGCAGAGUGAUGAAUUUACUGAUUCCCUGGAGUUGUCAACAGAUUUGAAAGUUUCUCAUGACCAAACUGGAAACAUAUCUAUGAGCAUAAAUAGGACUGAUGAUUUCAGCGUUGAACAUAAACUCAAUGAUACAGCUGAUGAGAUGAAACUGGAUUUCAGUCUACUCAUGACACCUGUAUCAACUGCUUUACAAGAUUUAUCUUCCCCAUCAUCAUAUCGAACAACAGCUUCUUAUCUAGAUGACAGAAGUGGACGAGAUGAUAUUGCAGUCGCCACUGGGGAAGAUCUUCUUGAAGUACCAGGAGGUCAACAAGAAAACAGACGAAUCCCUUAUGAUUCUACAGAUAUUUCUUUAAAUCUGAAUGACAGUUUGGAAGCCUUUGAAAGCAGUGAUACAAAUUUCGACUCAACUGAUAGUAAAGAAAUAACCAAAAGUGUAUGGUUUUGUCCUUCUGUUGUUGAAGAAGUCAAGGAAAUUUUGCAACAGAGACAAUCUCUAUCAUCUCCAUCAUCAAUAUGCUCAGAAGAUUUUUACCUUGACGACCAUUCAGUUUGUGAUUUGAAUAGUAAUGAAAAUUGUCGUCAAAAAAUAGUUUAUGCAUCAAAUACUCUAACAAGAAAAAAGAAAUGCAAACACCUAGUAACAAAUACAGAAGGCAAAUCUCCGAUCAUUUCACAAAAAUCACAAACUACAGAAGAAACUGGAUCAUGUGAACAAAAUGAUGAUGAUGAUAAUGAUGAUGAUGAUAAUGGCGGUAAUGAGCAUAAGAAAGAUUUCUCUUCACAAAUUCAAUUGGAAAAGUAUUCACUGACCGAAAAAAGAGUCAAUGAAAAUAUUUCUAAUGGCUAUCUAGUUCAUGUAUCCGACAAAAAUAAAAACAAUAACCACUCGAAUGAAAUACGCUACACUAUGUUAAAAGAAAAUUCACAAACUCUUGAAAGUUUUAAUUCCCUCUCAUGUCCAAUACAUCAGUUAAUGACUUCAAGUUCUCUAACAGCUAAAGAUAUUCAAUCAAUAAUGCCAACCAUGAAUGAGUUAAUUCAAGCAGACGUCUUAUGCUCACCAUCAAAUCGUAAACUACUCGAUAGGCUAUAUAUUAUACAUAAAAGUAUGCAAGAAGUAAUGCAAUCAAACAGUCAGGCGUGUAUAUUACUUUUAAGUAUAAACGAUCGUCAAAAUAUCUAUGAAGGUUUAAUCACUGCUGGUCUAGCUGACAAAAGCAAACUUCAACCUCCUAAGAAGCCUCCAUUAUCAAGCUUAGAAUUAAGUGAAGUGUUGAAAAUUCUUCAGAAUACUAGGCAGAAGUUAUUACUGUCAAUUCAGAAUACAGAACAAUCUGACAGUAAUAAUGAUAACAGUGAUAGUAAUACAAAUAGUAGUAGUAAAAUUAAACUUGCAGAAUUUGAUCAAAUCAAGGCUACAUUAUUAGAAGUUACAAAAUUGAUUAAAUCCAAUGAUAAAUUAUCACUUCUCAAAGAUACACAGUAUAUGUCUGACAGUAUUGAAGAAGUGAUCAAUUCCCUAGAAAAUCUUAAUACUGUAGACAUCUCAUUUGAAAAAGACUCUGAGUUAAGUUCAGAGAUAAUUGAACACUUAGAUGAUGUAAUUAAUUUAAACCAGAAACUUAUCGUGACUCAAGGCCUUGAAGCUAUAAAAGAGAAUGUUUUAAAACAAACUAAUCAAAGGAAUAAUCAUUAUAUUUUACAAAGACAAUCUGCUAUUGAUAUUGUUGCAGCUUUAAAACUAAUCGAAGAUGACUUAUACACUUCUAGUAUCGCUUCAAACACUACCAAAGAUAAUAAGAACAGUCAACAAGUAUGCACCGCUGACCACUUGAAAUAUAUUCAUAAAUCUAUUGCCAAACAAUUAACUUUAGAUGAAAAAGAUUCCUCAGACAAUAGUACAAUUUUGUGUCUAUCAGCUGAUAUGAAUUUACUUGAAGAUGCCUUUACAAAAUAUUGCAACAAACCAAAUUCACACAUGAAAGUUUCACCGAAAAAUGAGUCUACCAUAAAUAUAAAUAACACUCCUACUAAUUAUAUAACUUAUGAGAAUACAAUGAAUAGAUUUCAAGAUAUUCUAAGUCCAAUAAGUGAACACUGUACACCAGAAACAAGUGCAUAUGAAACAGAUACAAUGUCCAAUGAAUCAGGUGUCAAGCUAAAAACUUCUAAAAUCAAAAAAAUACUAUUACCCACAUAUCAUCAAAAAAAUGAAUCUAAGGCGUAUCAUUCAGAUGAUGAAACUCAGGUAUUGUCAAUUUGUUCAAAAGUACAACCUGAAAAUACAUCACAGAAUGUUUCACUAGCUUCUGCUGUCGGAGUCGACUACCCAGAUUUAUCUACCUUCAUUGAUGAUACAUUAGGUGAACAUAAAGAAACCCAUAGUGUUUCUGAUAAUUCUUCACAUACCUCUUAUAAUUUAUUAUCAGACCAGUUUAGGACAGAAAGUACUUUUCUUAUUGAUUCUUCGAUUAUAGCGCCUAUUGUAAGCUUUUUAAAAUCAAAAAUACUCGAUAAUCAAAGUAAUAUAUUCCGUGAAGGUGAACAACACCAGAAGCCAGAGUAUACAGUUAAUGAUGUGAAAAAAAUCAGUAAUUAUCUGACCAACUGUUUAUACGAAAAUCCUGAACAACCUAUUCCACUAACCGGUACAAAUUAUAACCUUUUAAAUAAGUUAUUGACAGCAGAUCAGUCAACUUAUACUAAUAUGCUAAAAAUCCAAUUGGAUUUGUGUAUAAAUAUAGAAAAUCCAAGUCAUACAUAUAUGGCUACUGAAGAAACAGAAGCAGAAGACGAAGAAGACGGACCAGUAGUCAAUGAAGAGUUAACAUUUCUAAUUAAUACAUUACAAGAUAGCGAAAAUAUUGUCUUGAACAAGCCAUUUAUUGAACAGUUAUGCUCAGUUGUUUCAAAUUACUCCUUAUCUAUUCUACCUGACAAAUAUCCAUCUUUGCUAGCUGUGAUUAACAGCUCUGAUGACGCAGAAUGCUUUUCAAAUAACAAUAAUUCAGAACAAUUCAAACAGGAAUUAAGUAGUGAGCUGAAACAACUUUUAGAAGUACUUCAUAUUGAAUUACAAUCAGAAAAUAUGAUUCAUAGGGAUGGAUCUAUGAAAGAAAUAGUAGGAUAUUCUUUCCCUAGACUGCCGAAUGAUCACAUUCGUUCAGCAAGACCAAUCAAUUUUAUCCAGACUGUUAUCUCUUUAUACAUUUUAGACUUAUUUUGCUUAUUACCAAAUGAAAUGGAUCAAGUGAUUUAUUUAAUAAAUAUACAUAAAAAUUUUCAAUCAUUAGUGGAUUAUUCUGAAUCUCCAUCGAUUCAUUGUUCACCCGUGUGUACAAAGCUGAAAUCCCUAUUUAAUUUGUUCAGUUCACAUAAUACCACUCCUGACAGUGAAAUAUACCGAGCAAUUAACAAAAUGCUACCAUCGAUUAAGGUAUGCGUAGAAACAACUAAACACAGUGAUAUUUUUCAAAAACACAUUGAAGAUAUUUUAAAUCGAACUAAACACAAGUUGACAAGUAAACAGUAUUAUUUUGUAAAUGGUGAAACUGAUGAUAUAGUAUGCGGAAUUCUAAUAACUUUAUAUGUAACACUUGUAAAAGGUACAAGAAAUUUAAAUCCACAUGAAAUUGCCAGGACUUUGAGUGAAUUCUGUGAUUUUUAUCACUCUCUAGUGAACUCAAAAUGUAUUAAAUUGUUUGAUAAUAUUUCUCAACCAUUAUUAUCUCUAAUUUCAAACAUUUUGCACACUGAAUCAGUUGGGGAAGGUAAAAAUGACCAUCACUGUCUAAAUUUGACAGAUAUCAAUUCUUCCAUUGUCCAAGUUGUAUCUGAAUGUCUCACAAAAUUAUCAGAAUAUAAAACUAUGAAGUUUAUGCAGCCGCUUAUUUUACUUAGUCUCUUAUUGUCUCAAAGACGUUUGUCCUAUGAAUUUACAGAUUUCAGUUCAGCAGAAGUAAAUAUUUUACUGAGUAUCCUUCUACUGCUUCGUUCAAAUUUUCAAAUAAAUUUACAAAAUUCACUAACAAUGAUAAUGAAGAAUUUAGCGAACUCAUUACAAAAUGGAAAUACAGCCAUUCCAUUGCAUAGAGAUGAUUACAUUUCACAGAGACUUUAUUCAAGUAUUUCUCCACUAAGAAGUGUUGCAUUGAUUCAUGGAAAUUUUGAUGUACACCAAGGGAAUUCGAUUGUUCCAUACACAACUAAAAUUUAUUCAUCUAAUAAGUUAGAAGUUUGUACAGUUUUUUUUGAUGAAGGAAAAUGUGAACAGGAGUUCCCUGUAUGUAUCAGUGAACAAAAAUCUAAUAGUCAUAAUUUAUUCUUACAGGCUUUAACACUGCGAGAAAUUCUUAAUCAACCAAAAACAGAAACUAUGACAAACGGAUUGGAGAUAAAACCACAAUACUGUAGGCUACUUAAAAGCUGUUUAUCAGAAAUCCUGUCAACAUCAUCAUCAUCAUCAACAGUGUUACCUCAAGAAAUUGUAAAAUCAACACAUCAAAUCAUGCAAGAUAUACACUUAGCCGAAGUUAGUAAUCAUACUUAUCAUAUGAGUGAAGAAACUUUGAAUAAAUUAAUUGUGUAUUCCAAUAAUUUAAUCAGUCAUGCAAAAGAAGACCGUAUAAAUGAACUGAAUCAGACUAUCGACAGCCUGCCUGAUAAUAAUCAGGUCGAAAGCAACACUGUUGACACUGUUGAUUCAAUAAAAACUUCUAUCCAUUCAAAUCUAAUUGUACGUAUAAUUGAUCAGGAAUUGAAGCCAACAACUUGGUUUACUCUUUCACAUAUAAAUAAACAAGUCUUAGAAUGUAAAACAACUAUAGAUGAGAUCAAGUUAUUAAAGGACGAUUCAAAAAUUGCAGAAAAUAUUUUACAAAUGCCUCAAUCAUCUUCUUCUUCCACUGCUGAUGUAUGCGAUCAAGUGAUUCUCUUAGCACAGUUAAAUCAAUUGAAGGCAAAUCUUAAGAAUGUUGUCAAUCAAAAUGAAGUCUGUAUACUGAAUACAGAUAAUGCAGAAAAUUUAUUCUGUAUUCUAGAAAUGAUUAAAAAUCAAACAGAAAUUAUGGAAAGCUUAGAAGAAGAAGAUAAAGAUUUUAUAAAUUCAGUUAAAUUGGAUAUUAUUCCCAACUGUAUUAUACAUUCUACUCCGCUUAUAAUGAAUUCAACAUCUAUGGUUAAAAUUCAACAAGUACUUGACAACAUAUCCAGUGCUGAAUUAAACACAAUACAGACAAGGAUUUCUAAAUGUUUCAAAGAUAAACAGUUGAUGGAUAAUGAUGAUGGCAAUAAUAAUAAUAAUAAUCAGCUUGCGAGUGAUUUAAUUCUUGGUCAGUUAGCAGUUCUGUCGUAUUCAAAAGAGUUGAAAAUAUCCCCUAAAGACUUUGAUUCUCUACGCGACUACUGUGUCCUCUUUCAACAGGGUAAUAAUGAGAAUAAACAAACUAAUAUUCCUAUAAAUUUCUUAUCUAACCUUACUACUAAUAAUAAUGCUAACUUCAGUGAUGCCUAUCCAAAAACUCUUCAUAAGGAUGUACUUUGUAUAAAAUUAAAAAGAAUUCAGGAAUUUUUCAAUAGAAUUGAAAUUAACGAUGAAAUUACUAAUCCAAUAUCAGCAUACAGACUGUUAGUUAACACUAUGGAACUGGAGUAUUUAGCUAGAUCACAUUCAUUAGAAAUAGCUACAAUACCAGAGAGCUUAAAAUCUUCACUAAUCAGUAUGUUAACAACUCGAGAAAAAUUAUUUCCCUACACGUUAAAUGAAGAAGAAAGUAUACACUUGAAAUGUCUUCAAAAACAACUCAACUAUAUCAUAAAUGAAAUGGUAGACACUAGUAAAGUAAUUCAUCCAAGUGAAUUAACAUAUCAUGAUUAUACCUGUUUAACAAAUGAAGAAAACACAUGCGAAACUUCAAUACCGUUAGCUGAAUAUGAGUGCAACACACAACAACUGGUCAACACACCAUUUUUAUCAUCAACACAAUUGAAUAUUUUAAAAACUUGUGAAAUAGUUCAAUGUUCAAGUGUUGAAAAUCCACUAGGCAACACUAAAACAGAAUUUAUCAACACUAGUGAAGAAUGUAAAGAAAUGAAUGUAGUCAUUGAAAAAUUUGUUAAUCUAUCCGACAAUUUUCGUGUUUUCCGUAGCCUUACUUCUAAACCCUUUGACAAUACCAUAGUAGAAUCUAACCAAAUUAAUAAUCUUGCUACUUUUAUCAGUGAAGUACGCUUAGAUGAAGGGUUGGUCAACCAUUUGACUCCUGAUGAAAUACAAGAAAUCGAUGAGGUAUAUUAUAAGCUUUUAGAACACAAAAUGGAAAAGAAAGCUUACAGCCUAUCAGAUGUGUUUAACCCGUGUAACCUAAUCCAACAGAAUGCCCUAAACAAAAUCACAUCACAUAUUGCAGCAUUAGAAACAAAAGCACAACAGCUGUUAAGUGCUAAAGUUGAAAAGGUUAACCACCUAAUUUCUGUAAUGUCAAAUCCACAGGAUGAAGUAGAAAAUUAUGAGGAAGGAAAAGUCAAAGAUGAGUUUUAUUCAUCACCUGAAUUAGUUGAACAAGAUAUUGACAUUGAAACAGCGACUUUUCUGAGAUCAACAAUACAGUCAUAUUUGGAGUUAAAACAGCUGCCUACUAUGCAAACUAUUCCAUUAGUUUCAUUGAUAGAAAAUAUUAGCUCACAGGUAGAAAUGUUGGAUACUGAGCAGUGUCCUACGCAACGUCCAAUGGUCAAGUUAUCUACUAGUGAUCUGAAUCAAUUAUCUACAGUUUUCGCAGCCUCUAAACAUCAAAAACUACCAGAAACUAUGAUUUUAUGUACAAAAGUAUUGAAUUAUAAAAUUCUUUUUGAUAUUAUUUCAUAUGAUAUUCCGAUAUGUGAGAUAGAAUCUCGUAUUGUCUAUUGUGCCUUCAGGGAUUUAAAUCAGGUGAAUAAAGUUAUGCCUAGUGAAUUACUUAAUAAUUUAGAACAACGUUUAAGGAAUUAUUGUCAUUUAAGCAAAAUACAACAGCAACAACAACCAUUCGUUUUUUCCACUGCUGAAAUUCAUUCGUGUAAAUCACUACUCGCAUACUGUGAAUCUGAAAUAAAGUUGGAAAUUUUACAAAAACUCAGUCAUUUUUCAAAAUUACUCAUGAAUCAAUCAGGUGAGCGAUUUACUGAAAACUCAGAAAUAACUGUCUGCAAGGAUAUCUACUAUCUAGUUCUGAUGUGUUUACCGAACUUAUCGUUGAAUUCUGUUAAAUAUUUACGAACUAUAACUGACUUAUUAGUGACACCCGGGUUUAUUCACAAUACAAAAAAUUAUGCAUAUUGUUUAAAAAAUCUCUUUUCAUCUUAUAACAUUCUAAUCAUGUAUAAAGGUGCCAGUUCACUACAGGAAUUACUUGAGAUCAAUGUGCCUAUGUCAGUCAGUGAACCAUCGUCAUCAACAUCCUCCUCCUCCUCUUUUUCAUACUUAAAUACACACUACUUACUCUUCUUUACUAAUCUACUAGAGAAUUUUAUAGAUAUAAAGAAAUUAGAGCAAAGUUUAUCACCCACUGACAUUCUACUUUUAGUGUAUCUUUUACAAAUACUUCAGUCAGCAAUAAUUCAUGAAAAGAAAUUAAAAGCUCAUUUAAAACAUUUCAUUACUAGACUACUGUUUAAUUUCAUUACAAAUCAAAGUACUUUCAUCGAUGAAUACAACAAACACCUGAUUAAUGAUUUAUGUAAACAUGUAAAAUGGAUAUCAGACAGACAAAGAGUCAAACUGUUCACUGAAGGCCUUAAUUCAUUAAAUACAAUCAGAAAUGAUAAUAAUGAUUUUAGUACAAAACACCAUUGUCAACAGGUGUCAAGAUGUCUUCAAUUAAUUUUAUUUAAUCCAUUGCAAGGGUUAAUCAAUCCUUUAAAAGCUAAACAAAUAGCCUGUAUUAUAGAUAAUUUCAAUCAAUCAACAUGUAAUCCACUCAGAUACCCGUUCAUUUUUGAAUUGAUUGAACAAACUUUAAAUAAUUUUGGUAAUGAUAAUGAAAAUUUACAAUCAACUAACAGUCCAUCUACAUAUAUUCCAUAUAUUUUUCAAUGUAUAUUAAUGAUGGAAAGUUAUUUCAAUAAAAAGUUGAAUGAAUCAUCUUCAUUUCAAAUGAUAAAUAGAGAAGAUGCUGCAGUUAUGUGUGUAUCACUUGCAUAUCUUGUAAACAGAAAUAUUGAAGUAAUAAAUAAUCUUAUUGAUAAUGAUUCAGAAGACAACACUUUCACCAUAUCUUCUACAAAUUCAUGGAUAAAAUUAUUACUCUUAAGAAUGUGGUAUACAUUUGUAGCCUGUAGUCAGUCACAUCAACACUACCAGCAUUCAUAUCGUCAUUCACCGUUUGCCUUAGAAUUAUUAAAAUUAGAACAAAAUGAAAUAAAAUGGUUGAUUGACUACUGGAAACCUCGUCUAGAAUUAUAUUCACAAAUAAAACGUACAGUUAGUAUACGUGAGCUUUCAAUUAGUACAGAAUGUGAUUUAACCGCUGAAAUGACAAAUCAACAAUUACGCAAUGCAAUCUGUUUAUCCUUAUUAAAUAAACAAAUGAAUGGACCAAGAAAUGCAUGGAUAUGUAUAAACUUUUUAAAAGAAUUACAAAGCGAAUGUGAACAAGAGUUCAUCAGUAUUUCGAAUUUUGAAAAGGAAGCCUUACGUUUAGCACUAUGCUCUGCGAAUAUGAAACCGAGUGAAACAAUUGCAAACACUGAUAUUAUUGCCUCAGUAGUUUGUUUAAAUUCUCUUUUAUCUAGAAUGUCAUCCACAACAAUAUCAUUGUCAACAUCUUUCGAACUUCCUGAAUUAUUUCUUAUCCAGCCAACUGAUGCAGCUGCAUUCGCUUCAAGUAUACAAAAUAUUCUUCGCUAUACAUAUCCAGAUGUACAUAAACCAUACUCUUUUUAUUUGCUCAACGAUAUUGAAUGUCAUCUAUGGAUAUCAUCUGCAAAUAUGGAGAAAUUAUGGAUUUCGAAAUUCGAAUUUCGUUUAAUAAGUGAAUUAAAACAAAAAGCAUCAGAGUAUCUCAUGAAAAGUAUUCGCCAUGAAUUAAUCAAUAUAUUAAAUGAAUGCGAUGAACGAAACCUGAUUAAACCAAAUCUAACUUGUUUAUCUAUUGAAACGACAAAACGAAAAAAUCUUGCCCAGUUGUUAAGAACUUUUAUGCUAUUAAAUCAUUAUCCCUUAAGUCAUACUAUAAAUAUACUCCAUCACCUACAACUUCUUCAUGAUAUGUCAUCUCCAUAUAUUUCUGUACAAACUGUUUCUUAUUUGAGAAGUUUAAUUAGCUCUAGUAUGCCUAAUGAAAACCCUCUAUUACAAUAUAAUCAAUAUGAUUCCUUACUAGGUGAUAACACAACAUUCAGAACGAAUUGUACAUCACAUACAUUAGACAGUUGUUUAAUUAACUACCUUUUUGCAAAAGAUCAGUUUUGCCAAAAUCUUCCCGGAGAUAUUAUAACAAUUAUCCAGACAUCAACAGUUUACAGUUGUACUUGUGAAGAAAUAAUCAAUUCAUGGAGUAUGCUACCAAAGCAUAGUUAUGAGCGAUUAAAUUCAUGCAUCUAUGAAUUGUUUUGCUUAAAUCUUAAUAUGUUUGCAAAUCAUUUGUUAAAAGUGGUGAUUACAAAUGAUGAAGAAUUUUCAGAGGCUAAUGUUAACAUUAGUAGAUCAAUUCCAUUGAUAUUGUGUUUUUUAAAAUAUGUAUUAUUAGAAGAUACUGAAAAACACAGCAAAUCUAUUGAGUUACAGAAAAGUGUUAUAAGGCAUAAUAUCUCUGUAAAAUUAACCUCUUCAGAAAAUAUUUAUACGUUAAAUGAUAGAUUGAAACAACUACUUGAUAAACCGUUAAAUCAAUUAAGUGUAUUUGAUUUAAUACAAGCGAUUAUAGAUUCAGAACAAUUUCAGCAUAAACUAAUGUUCUCAAAAUUAUUUCAUGAAGAUUUAGAAUAUAUACCACAUUUACAAUAUUAUCUAUGCAAUAAAUUAGUCAGUGAACUUUGUAAGUAUUCGACAACGUUGGAUAAAGAGUAUACACCUCAGGUACAUCAGUGUCAACAGUUAGGUAUAACAUAUGAAGAGACCGCUAAAAAAUUGAAAGAAAAUAUAAACAAUAUUUAUAUAAACUUAUCAAUAGAUGGUAGUAAUAAAACACAAAUGUGUCCAUUAAGAAUUGAUCCUAUGAAGUCUGCCUGUGAAUAUGUUCAUGAGAAUGAUGCCGAUGAUGAUGCUGUUGAAAUCAAAUCUGAUACAAUAUCAGAUACUUUGAUUAAUUUUACAACUUGUGAAACUGUUUUAUAUCCAGUUGAAGAUGUAAGACCUGAAAUAAAUCGAUUAAAUCAUUUACUAGCUAUUAAUACAUUACAACCGGAUGAAAUGUCUGCAAUUUUAUCGUCUAUAGUUGUUCUUCGUGAUGCAUCAAUGCGUUUACCGCCAGGCUUAAAAGAUUAUACACAUUUUUCAACAAAAGAAGAAGAUGCCUUGAAAAAAUUACAAAGUUUAAUUGAUAAGAGAAUGAUUCUUAAAUUGGAUAAACAAUUGAAAACUACCCUAUGGAUGUUAAGUCAACGUUUGGGACUUUUAGCUAUACAAGCUAAUAAAGAUUUAUUACGUACUGGUUUAGAAAUAUGGUUAACUGCCUCAUUGGAAAAUGAAUUCAUAUUUAGUAAACAGCAAAUUCAACAGAUUUACUACGCUCUGUGUUUAGCAGAUAAUAUAAAUAAUGAAAACUAUUCACUACAGACAGAUUUUUCGAAUACUUUUGAUUUAGUCCAGAAAGUUAUUGUACAAUUAAAUUCAAUUGUCAAUGCUAAAGUUGGCGCUGAAAUUGAAGGUCCACAUAGUCUAGGUCCAAUAAUAACUUUAUUUUUAGAACAUGCACAACAACUAUUGGAACAAGUUACGUUUUCUGAAUUCUUGUCAAAUGCUCAUAUGAUAUCAACUAAUGGAAUACCAAGUAGUUUAUUUGUGAAACAAAAAACUACAGCUGAAAAUUUAUGGAAAAGGAUAACCUGUCAGUCACCUGAAGUUGUUGAAGACACGCUGAAGUAUUUUAGUCAAUCUCAAAAAUCUCAUUCUCCAGAAACCGAAUGUCAUAAUGAACAACCUUCGAUGCAAACAAACACUAAACGAUAUCGAACACUACGAAAACACCCUGAAAUUGACGAGUAUGAUCGACAACAAAUUAGACAAUCGUACUCUCGAAGUCUAAGUUAUGGCAAAACUGAAAAUUUCCAGCUGAAUAGUCCAGCUUCAUGUGAUGGUUCACUGUCUUUAUUAGCUCUAUAUAACGAUGAAAAAAGGCGUCUGGCUGACUGGGAAGAAACAACUGAAACACGUCUUAGAAAAGCCUGUGAAAGAGUAGAAAAGCUAUUAGAAACACUUCCUGAAAAAACACAUCCUCAACAAGAAAAUGAUCAUAUAAUUACACAACUCCGUGGAGAAGUUGUACAACUAAAAGGACAACUGAACUCAGUGAUCAAUCAAAAAACAUUUAGAGAAGAUUCAUGGUACACACAACAGAAUAAAAACAAUUCACCGCAUGUUUAUAAAGAACAAUGCAAAUCCUUACGAGAAAGUCCACAAUUAUUUACUCAAGAAAGACAGUUCACUUUUCGAGACAAUUUCGGGUUUGAUAGUAUUCAAAAGUCAGAACGUUAUGCUAGUACAAUGUAUACACCAUUGAGUGAUCGUCUUGCUUCUAGUACAUCUUCUUUAAAAAAUAUACCUUCUUUUAGAAAACGAUAUAUAAAUGAAAAUUAUUCAGUUUCAUGUAAACCUGUUACACCAGAUCAUACUAUUACUUCACCACCAUCAACUAGUGAAAAAAGAAUUUUACAGAGUUCAUUUGAUCGACUACAAGAAUUGAUUGAAAUUCGUCGUGCUGUUGUAGCUGGUUCACGAGAAGAAUUAAGCAAACUAGGAAUUCAUUCUAAUCUACCAAAAACUUUUCCUAAACCAGUUAAAUUACUUCGUUCAAAUAAUAAAUCUGUUAUUUUACCUGAUAGCCGAAUAAACACUGCGCAUAAUUAUGACAAAUGGUUUUCAAAUAAUCAAAGAAAUAUUGAUCGACAGAAAAAUUAUACUAGUCAUCUUUGUAGAUCAGAAGAUGAAUAUAGUAGAAGUAAUCAAGUUAUAGAAGAUUUGGAAGAUAAACUGGAACAGUUAGAAGAACAAAUUCUGCCUCAUAGAAUCAAUGAUUCGCUUGUACAUUAA